AUGUCGGGCGUCAGAAUUACCAAGAGAAUGGCAUCUAAAUUACCAACAACGUUCAAAUCGAUAAUAUAUUCUAACCAUAACCUUGAAGAUUGUUCUUCAGUAUUAUCAUUACAAAAUUAUCAGCCAAAGCAGAAUCUAUCUAAAUCAAUUGUGGUACGUACCUUGGCAUUUCCAAUUAAUCCAUCGGACAUUAAUCAACUUCAAGGGGUUUAUCCAUCUCUUCCAGAUAAGACCUAUGACUAUUCAACAUCGGAACCUUCCGCUAUUGCUGGGAAUGAAGGUGUCUUUGAAGUUAUAUCUCUACCAGAAAAUAAAAGCUCAUCCUUUAAAAUUGGUGAUUGGGUAAUCCCUAUUCGUUCGAAUCAAGGAACGUGGUCCAAUUACAGAUUAUUUGAUAGAGAUAAUGAAUUAGUAAAAGUUAAUGGAUUAGAUAUCUACACUGCAGCUACAGUUGGUGUCAAUGGGUGUACUGCAUAUCAAUUAGUCAAUGAUUACAUUAAAGAUUGGAAUCCUAAGGAAAAUGAUUGGCUAGUCCAAAAUGCAGGUACUUCUGGUGUAUCUAAGUUUGUCACUCAAAUAGCUAAAGCUAAGGGAAUUAACUCCUUAAGUGUUAUACGUGAUCGUGAUAACUUUGAAGAAGUUGCUAAAACAUUAGAAGAAAAAUUUGGUGCAACCAAAGUUAUUUCUGAAAGUCAAAAUUAUGAUAAAGAAUUUAAUAAGACAAUUUUACCCAAAUUCUUGGGACCAAAUCCAAAUAUAAAGUUGGCAUUAAACUCUGUUGGUGGUAAAUCUAGUGGUGCUAUUGCUAGAAAAUUACAAAGAGACGGGUUGAUGUUAACAUAUGGAGGUAUGUCCAAACAACCUGUGACUUUACCAACCUCUCUUCAUAUCUUUAAAGGUUUAACUUCUAAAGGGUUUUGGAUUACUGACAAUGUUAAACGUAACCCUGAAAGUAAAAUUGAAGCAGUACAUGAAUUUGUUAAAUUAUAUACGAAUGGUGAUAUUAUCUCACCAAAAGAUGAAAUUAUACCAUUAACUUGGGAUGUUAAGAAAUUCACUGAUGAACAAGUUUUGGAUCUUGUCAAAGACGGUAUUAACUCUACUGGUAAGAAGAAGUUGGUUGUAUUGAAUUGGGAUUAA